UCUUGUUCUGAAAAAACGUACUAACAAAUAUGUUUUCAUCAUCAAUGGGUUGUGGUUUGAUAAGAUGGGUGAGUUUAGGUGAGGUAAUGAUAGUAAUUUGUGUGGGUAUGAUUAUUGUUGGGGCAAAUGGGCAAAUAAACACCCCUUGUACCAAUUCAAUAGUGAGCAGCUUCACCCCUUGCUUCAACUACAUCACGGGAAGCGGUGCCAAUGGGUCUUCUUCGCCCACUCAAGACUGCUGCGAUUCACUCAAGUCUAUGAUGACUAACAUGAUAGACUGUGCCUGCCUUAUAAUCACCGGAAAUGUCCCUCUUUCUAUACCAUUUGUCAGAACUUUGGUUCUUUCACUCCCUCUCCAACAAUGCACUUCUGGUGUCCCCGUCCAGUGCAAAGGUUCAGGCGCCCCUCUAUCAGCCCCUGCAGGUUCGGGGGUGUCGACGCCUGCUUAUUCGCCUCAACCUCAUCAUCACCAUCAUCAUCGUCCUGCUCGUCCUCCUCGACCCCAACCUCCUGCGCUUGCUCCCCAAAGCUCAAGAGUUUCGAAAAACUCCGUGGCACCAUCACUAGCAGUUGAGGCUCCUGCUCCGGCUCCUACGGAAACAGUAACACCACCACCACUACCACCACCAGCGGAUGAAGAACCUAACAAAAAGUCUUCAGCGGAAGCAUCUAAGGAAAAGGGGACACCUCCACCAAUGGCUGCACCACUACUCCCCAAUCCCCAAAAAGUUCCACUACUUAACCCCUCAAAAACAACACCUUAUCAACCUAAUUCAUCUCCCAUUUCACCUUCAUCCCACUCUCUUUUGCCGCUAUUGCUUUUUGUACCACUAUUCCUAAUCUUCCUUUAAUUUCUCAAUCAUUAAUUCCUAGCUUAAUUAUUUCCAUUUCCAACAAUUUAUUAUUAUAUAUGUGCGUUGUACUUGUACGUGCAUGUCAUUAUAAUGUAGUAUAUGUAAUCAAACGUAAGACUCCUCAGUAGCUCUAGCUAGCUAGUCGGAAUGUUAUAUUGCAAAUUAAAGCUUAUUGUUUUAU